AGUUCCCGGCGUCCUUUGGAGCCGCUGUGGUCCGUUGUUUUCCUGCUCAGACGCGGCUAGUUCAAGUUGCCAUAGCACGGUGUAGCUGGGGGUUGUUCUUCUGUUAGCUAUCACUUCCAAAUCGACAAACCAACGGCUCUUUUGUAACGCAUUGUAAUGGCAGCAUUUAUUUUCGCUGUCUCCGCUGGGUAUUUGCAGUGUUAUGCAGUUUUUGCGGUAAAUUAGUUGGCUUUCGUUGAGUCAGCUAGCUAACGUUCACAGUAGUCGCCACUUGUUGCUAACCAGGGGAAGCAUCACUCACAACAACAAUGCCCGGCACUGUGAUUUAUUAGGAAGAGGACAGUUUGAAUUGUAGUGUUAUGCUUGUCAGAUAGCUUUCUGUCUUCACUGGUUGUUAUGGUAACAAGUCGCCCAUUUGUGCUAGCUAUGAGAACGAUAUAUAUUGUAAAGAAAGCUCAAAAACCGCCCAGUUUGUUCGUUAAUCUGAUUAACGUUGUAGUUAACAGUUAACGUUUUCCGCGGACGAAGCCAAAUCGUCAGAUUUGCCCAGUCAGCCGUUUUUCGUCUCCUCCACUUGCCCUUUCCCAAACUAUGGAUACAUCCAGUGAGUCGGAUUCAUACGACAGGAGGAGGGUGCAACGGCCUCGGGGUCGUGAAGCCCACCGCAGACCUGGACGGGAAAUGGGCAGAGCCGGUGGGAGUGGAGGUGAUGGUCGAGCAACAGACAUCUCCGAGAAGAUCAGCACACUGGCAAGCACUUUACAGGACACCAGUAGGAACUUGACCAAAGUAGACCGGAUGCUGGGCCAGUACAGGGAGCAUACAGAUGAUCACGCGGAAGCCAUGGCACUGCUCAGGGAGAACCUGGAGGUGUCCAUCAGUCAGUUGCAGACGCAGAGGCUGGGCAGAUCCAAUGGGGCUCGGAGUGCUUCAGCCUCCACCUUGCAUACCAGUGACCUGGAAGCUUGCUCGGGAUCGGAUGGCCAGCGUUUCUACCCUACUUCUCCACUGAGGGACUAUACAGCCACUCCAGGACGGAGAAGGAGGUCUCAGUCUGCCAGUGUUCACUUCAAAGAUGCCAACCUGGCAGGAGAGGAUGUUCACACUAUGCACCAGUCCUUGAGGGAUCUGCGAUGUGACCAGCAAAGGCUGUCUGACGACCUGGAUAGAGAAAUCCUCAGGAGAAAUAGGUCUGAUAUUGACACCAGACGAGCGAUGGAGAGCCUCUCAGGACACAUGACGACUUCCCAGAGACAGGCCUCAGUGUCGUCUCGUGUGGAACAGCGUCUGCAGGAGCUGGAGAAAGAGAUGCGCACUGAGCGAAGUAUCAUGGAGAGAGAGAGAAGGCCUGAUCAGCGGGCUGCCAUGUCUGAUGAGCUGCCGGAGACUUCAGGGAGGCACCAAGUUCAAGCCCACGAGAGAGAGGAGGCUAUUGCAGCCAGGCUACUGAAAGCAGAAAGGGAGAAGUCCAAGAUGGAGCAGGAACUGGAGAGAGCAAGACGACUACUAGAACAAUCUGAGGAUAGCAGAGAGUCCCUUGUUCGACAGGUGGAGGACAUGAGCGGUGAGCUGCUGAGGACGAGGAAGGAGAAGACUGAGCUUCAGAGGGCCCGGCUGGAGACUUUUCAGCCCAUUGCUCAGCCACAUGGCAACCAUACUGACAGGGAGGAGGGAAGAGGUGGACAGCCAGGGCCAGAUCGCUUGAACCUGGAAAAAGAAGUGUCGGACCUGAGAGUCCAGCUGCGCACGGCCUCCGUUCUCAGCGAGGUUGAAGAACUGAAAAGGGCUCUGGACCGCAAGGAGAAGGAGAGGGUCCAACUCAGUGUACAGGUGGAGGAAUUGUCAUCAGACCUGGCGCGGCGGGAGCAACAGCAGCUACGAAUGCUGGAACAGUUAAGGGAGAUACAGAGCCGAGGGCAGGCAGAGAGUAGGGAGACAGAGACAUUACUCCAGGAGAGCAUGCGGAGCAGAGAUGAAUUGAAGACCAGGGCCCAAGAGGCGGUGCGACAAUGGAGGGCAAAGUGCAGGAGACUGCAGAAGGAUUUGGAGGAGGCGAUGGCCCAGGCUCAGUUCCAUACCGACAAGGCCUUGCAGGCAGCCAGGGAAAAGGAGAGCUCUCAGGCCCAGCUGAAGGCGCUGAGCCAGCAGACUGAGGCGGCCCGCAGGGAGCUUGCUGAAAUCCUAGGCCGCUUGGCCCAGCGUGAAGAAGAGCUCCACCGCAAGGACGUGGAGCUGUCCGAGACCCGCCAGCGCCAGUUGUCACUGGAGCAGGAAAUGCGGGAGGUGAGGGAGGCCUCCUCUGCCCUGGAGGAAGAGACUCUGCGUCAGGCAGCUGUCCAGGCAAGACUGAAGGAAGAGAACCAGAGGCUGGAAGAACGAGCUGACACCCAAGCCCGUCGUUGUCAGAGAGACCAGGACACACAGGCCGAGCUCCAGUCCGCCCUUAAGCAGAUGACCUCAGCCAAUGCCCAGCUAGUCCAGCGGUUGGCUGAGCAGGAGAGCUCCAAGAAGGAGCUCCAGAAGGGCGCCUUGGAGUUCCAGGUCAAGCUUACAGCAGUACAGGAGGAAUGUGCCGCAUUGGGGAAGCAGCUGCAGCUCGAGAGAGAGGUCCAUCAGAAAGAACUAUACAACAUGAAAGCGAUGAUGGAGGACAGCAGGACAAAGAAGGAUCGCGACGUGCAGGACAUGCUCAAGCUCUGCCGACAGGAGCGGGAUGAAAUACAGGCACACCUGAAGGAGGUUAAGGCAGAUGCAGCUUCAGACAAGGAGCUGUGUGGGGCGCUGCGCAUCAAGUUGGACAGGAUGAAGGAUGAGUGUGAUAAGCUGGCAGCGCAGCUGAGCACAAAAGACGAGGCACAUGCACUUCUCAACAGAAAGUACCAGCUACUCAAACAGGAACUGGGUGACAAAGUCAGGUCAGGUGAGCGGAGACGUGCUUCGGAGUCAGAGCUCAUUAAGCUGGAGGAGAAGGUGUUGCGGAUGGAAGCAGAGCAAGAGGCAGUCUUUACCUCCAUGGGUGAGGAACUAGAUGCAGCUUGUCGCAGCCUGGCUAGGAACGGUGAAGACAAACUACAGGCGAUCUCCCAGAAACCUGGAUUAGUGAAAGACGUCCACCGCUGGCUAGCUGAGACAAAGACCAAGCUACGGUGGCUGUGUGAGGAGGUGAGGGAGUGCAACACAAGAGAACAGCGCCUAAGGAAGCAGCAUCAACAGAGCAGGGAUCAGUUGAAGGCCCUCCGGCAGAGCCGGGACUCUGAGCAGACGGCUCUCCUGCAGCGACUGGACCAACAGGAGAAGCUGCUACACUCCCUCAGCACUGAAAAGAGAGAGCUGUUGGAGAAGAGUCGCAGGAAGGAGGAAGAAAUGAGGAGCCUUCAGGAUCGUGUCCUGGAUCUGGAGAUGAGCACAAGAGUAGCCCUGGACCACUUGGAGUCAGUUCCAGAGAAACAAUGUCUGAUGGAGAACUUCAAAGAUUUGGAGGAGUCGCAGAGGCAGAGGGAGAUGGUAGAGCAGCGCUACAGCAAAUACAGAGAGAUCGUCUGGGAUCUACAGCACCAGCUGGAUGAGUCCAAACGCAGAAUCCAGGAGUACAGAGAGGAGAAGCUGGACGCCACUUCCAGGAGCCUGAGACUGGCUGCUCUUUCUUCCUCCAUUAAAGGCCCCAGCACAUUCCUUAGCAGCUCGCUGAGAUCUGACACACUGUCUCCUCACAAACGCCUGACCAGUUCAGACCUGGAUGACUCCACAGUCAACGGGGCCAAACCCCUCACAGAUUAGCUCAACCUCAAGUGAACCUUUUUUAUCUGUAUCUCUGCAAACCCAAACACAUGGUGCUUACAGCUGAUUCUACCUGCCCGGUGCUCAACCAGAACAAAGAACAACUUGACUGUACUAGGAGGCCUUGCACUCAACACUAAUCCUCCUCGACUACCUCAUGCAGGCAAUCACUGAAGGUGCUCGAGCAGAAGGGUGAGACUGAGAUUUCACCUCAAACUUUGAAGCCUUUGAAGUGCUUCGAAGGAUGGAUAUAAGUUUGGACACUGUAAAGGAGGAUAUACUGUAAAGUGUUUAAAUGUUAUUUAUAGAACAUAAAUUGAAUGUAUUUAAUGUAUUUGAAAAGUUUAAACCAAAAUAUUUUCAGUUACAUUUCAUGCCAAUGUUCAAAUAUUGUAACUGCAAUGAAGCUGUUUUAAAUAUUUUUAACCUCAAGACCAAUCCGUACUUUUAUCAUGCCAAUGUGUUCGUGCUGCAAUAAUUCUGUAUAACUCUACGCAAACGAAACACUGAUGCCUUUAGAACUAUAUGCAGUUGUUGCUUUUUAUCAUACUGUGUUGUCUUCAUCAUGAAAAUGUUAUAAAUUGAUUGUUUGUUCCACAUUUUAACACCUUUUAAAUGUAGUGACCGAUUUUCCUUAUGGCUUUCUAUAUUUUGUUUCAUCUUUUAUAUUUGUAAGAAGAAACACUAAGCACAAAUAGAUGUCUAUUUUUUAUGAAAUACAAAGGAAGUAUAUGCACUAUGAAUAAAUCCCCAUGCAACUAAA